AACUCGAACAGCGCGGAAUCGACAACACGACAACGACAAUGAGGUGGUUAUUUUCUCUGCUGUUGCUGGGCCUGCUCGCUGUCGUCGAGGCCGCGAGCUCCAGUGGGAAAAAAUUGUUGGUGGUGGUGGAGGAAUUGGCAGAUAAGUCCAAAUACUCAAAGUAUCUUGGGGAUCUCGAAGGAAGAGGAUUUGAUCUCACAUUCGAAUCACCGAAGAGCGAGAAAGUUGGGCUGUUUGAGUUGGGCGAGAGAGCUUACGACCAUCUAUUAAUCCUCCCUCCAAAGUCCAAAGGGCUUGGGCCACAGUUGACUCCAAAACUCCUCCUGGAUUUCAUCAACGCUGGUGGAAACAUCCUCCUCACACUCUCUGCAUCCAACCCCACCCCAUCCGCCCUCGUAUCACUCCUCCUCGAGCUUGACAUCCAUCUUCCUACCGAUCGCAAUGCGCUCGUUGUUGACCACUUCAACUACGAUACAUUGAGCGCCCCUGAGAAACACGACGUUGUUCUCAUCCCGCGCCCAGAUGCUCUCCGACCAGAUGUCAAGAACUUCUUCGGGGGAGAUGGCAAGAGUUCAGAGCUCAUCGCCUUCCCGCGGGGCGUGGGACAGACGUUGGGAAAUAAUAGCCCAUUGCUGACUCCUAUCCUCCGAGCUCCGAGAACGGCAUACUCAUACAACCCCAAGGACGAGGUUGAGGGCGUUGAUGAUCCUUUUGCGGUCGGCCCGCAAUUGUCCCUGGUCUCUACCAUGCAGGCGAGGAACUCAGCACGCUUCACCAUCAUUGGAUCUGCGGAGAUGCUGGAGGAUACGUGGUUUGAUGCGAAAGUGAAAAGCAGUGCGGGGCAAGAGGUCAAAACAGCGAACCGAGCCUUCGCAAAGGAGGUUACUGGCUGGACCUUCCACGAGAUUGGUGUUUUGAAGGUCGAGAAAAUCGAGCACUAUCUCCAUGAAGGGGGUGUCAAGAGCAACAUCACCAACCCCAAGAUUUAUCGAGUCAAGAACGAUGUGACAUACGAGAUCGAACUCUCGGAAUACUCCUGGGAUCACUGGGCGCCCUUCGUCCCCGUGACCGGCGACGCAAUCCAGCUUGAAUUCUCCAUGCUCUCGCCCUUCCACCGCCUACCGCUCGUCCCCUCCACGACGACGACCAACUCCACCAUCUACACCACGACCUUCAAGCUCCCCGACCAACACGGCAUCUUCAACUUCAAAGUCAACUACAAGCGGCCCUUCCUCUCUAACAUCGAAGAGAAGAACACCGUCACCGUCCGCCACUUCGCCCACAACGAGUGGCCCCGCAGCUGGGCUAUCAGCGGCGCCUGGCCGUGGAUCGCCGGCAUCGCCACCACUGUCACUGGCUGGCUGGCCUUCGUCGCGCUGUGGCUGUGGAGUAAACCUGUCCCCGGGAAGCAGGUGGCGAGCGGGAAGAAGGCGCAAUAAGAUAUAUUAUGCCGUUGACUUGUGUGUAUUGUAUGAUUAAAAGAACAAAAGAUUAUUAAAUGGUGUAUAGGGUAUUAGAGAUAUCUACAUUGCAUCGUUAUUUAUACCUAUAUAUUGAUUCCUUUGAGCUGAU